CUGUCCUGUCCUGUCCUGUCCUGUCCUGUCCUGUCCUGUCCUGCCCUGCCCUGCCCUGCCCUGCCCUGCCCUGCCCUGCCUAUGCCUAUGCCCACCCGCCCGCUAUGGUACUGCUGCUGUUGCUGCUAUUUAGCUUCCUCCCUCCUCUUUCCAAGACCUCAUUGUAUAUCCACUCCAAAUACACAAGAAAAAGGAAAGGAGAGCGCAUGUAUGUGUAUAUGUCGCGGGCUCUAUGAACAAGUAACGAGGAACCCAUGCUGGUUUCUUGACGGAAGAGCAGAGGUGAAUAUCGAGACGAGAGUAAAAAGGAUGAAAUAAAAAAUAAAAAAAACCUUGCCAAGCAAGCGCAAAUAGUCCAAAAAAACGCCAAACCUAUGGGACUGCCUUUCAUUCAUCAACAACGACGCAAAAAGAAAAGGUUGG